AUGUCCUACUACUACGAGCAGUGCAAGCAGCCCUGCCUGCCCCCUGCCUGCCUGCAGAAGUGCGCCAAGUGCCCGCAGCCCUGCGCCACCCAGCCGGGACGGUUUUUCCGCGGGGAGAAAGCGGCGGCUCCGAGCGGUGAUGGCUGCGUGAAGUUUGUCACCUUCUCGGAUCCAUGUUGUCAAGAAGUGACCAAGUGUGUCACCACAUGCCAGGAUCCCUGCUGCCAGGAGGUCACCAAGUGUGUCACCACGUGUCAGAAUCCAUGUUAUAAGGAGGUCACCAAGUGUGUCACCACGUGUCAGGAUCCAUGUAAUAAGGAGGUCACCACGUGCACAACGACGUGUCAGGAUCCAUGUUAUAAGGAGGUCGCCAAGUGUGUCACCACGUGUCAGGAUCCAUGUUGUAGGGAGGUCACCACAUGCACCACCACGUGCCAAGAUCCCUGUUGUAAGGAGGUCACCAAGUGUGCCACCACGUGCCAAGAUCCGUGUUGCAAAGAAGUGACCAGGUGCACCACCACGUGUGUGGAUCCCUGCUGCCAGGAGGUCACCAAGUGUGUCACCACAUGUCAGGAUCCCUGUUGUAAGGAGGUCACCAAGUGUGUCACCACGUGCCAAGAUCCCUGCUCCAAGGAGGUGACCACAUGCACCACAACAUGUAAGGAGGUCACCAAGUACACAACCACGUGCCAGGAUCCGUGUUGUCGGGAGGUCACCAAAUGCGUCACCACGUGCCAAGAUCCAUGUUGUAAGGAGGUGACCACAUGCGCCACCACGUGUGUGGAUCCGUGUUGCAAGGAGGUCACCAAGUGUGUCACCACGUGCCAGGAUCCAUGUUGCAAGGAAGUGACCACAUGUACCACGUGUGUGGACCCGUGCUGCCAGGAGAUCUCCAAGUGUGUCACCAGGUGUGUGGAUCCCUGCUGCCAGGAGGUCACCACGUGUGUCACCACGUGUGUGGACCCGUGUGUCACCACGUGUGUGGACCCAUGUGCGGAUCCGUGCUACAAGAAGGUGUCCAAGAGCUCCACCCCGUGCCAAGAUCCGUGCUGUGUGACCAGGUGUGACCCCAGGUGUGUGGACACGUGUUGUCAGGAGGUCACCAAGUGCAGAACCAGGUAUGUGGAUCCCUGCUGCAAAGAGGUCACCAAGUGCACCACCAGAUGUGUCGAUCCAUGCUGCAAGGAGGUCACCAAAUGCACCACCAGAUGUGUCGAUCCAUGCUGCAAGGAGGUCACCAAGUGUGUCACCACGUGCCAAGAUCCCUGUUGUGCGACCAGAUGUGCCACCAGAUGUGUUGACCCCUGCUGCCAGGGGGUGGCCACGUGUACCACCAGGUGUGUGGAUCCCUGCUGCCAGGGGGUGGCCAGGUGCCAAGAUCCCUGCUGUGCCACCAGAUGUGCCACCAGGUGUGUGGACCCCUGCUGCCAGGGAGUGACCUCGUGCCAAAGUUCUUGUUGCCAGGGAGUGACCACCUGCACCGCGACCUGUCAGGACCCUUGCUGCCAAGGAGUGACCACCUGCCAGGACCCCUGCGGCCAGAGAGUGACCACCUGCACCACCACCUGCCAGGACCCUUGCUGCCAAGGAGUGACCACCUGCCAAAACCCCUGCGGCCAGGGAGUGACCACCUGCACCACCACCUGCCAGGACCCUUGCUGCCAGGGAGUGACCACCUGUCAGGACCCUUGCUGCCAGGGAGUGACCACCUGCACCACGACCUGCCAGGACCCUUGCUGCCAGGGAGUGACCACCUGCCAAAAUUCCUGUGGCCAGGGAGUGACCACCUGCACCACCACCUGCCAGGACCCUUGCUGCCAGGGAGUGACCACCUGCCAAAAUUCCUGUGGCCAGGGAGUGACCACCUGCACCACCACCUGCCAGGACCCUUGCUGCCAGGGAGUGACCUCAUGCCAAGACCCCUGCUGCCAGGGAGUGCCCACCUCGUGCCCAGCCCCGUGCUGUGUCCCCAGCCGUGCCACCUCUCAGUGCCGCAGAGGUGUCCAGGUUGUCACCAGGUGCGCCGACUCCUGUCCCACCACCUGCGUCACCCAGACCUGCCCUGUGUGCGGCCAGCGCUGCUCCGUCUCGGGCUGCCCGAAAUUCCGGGCUCGCUGA